AUGCGGGUGGCAGUGAUUGGAGCCGGAGUCAUCGGUCUGUCAACAGCUCAGAGCAUCUAUGAGCAGUUUCACUCAACUGUCAGUCCGCUGACCAUUGAGGUGUAUGCAGACCAGUUCACUCCGCUGACCACCAGCGAUGGAGCUGCUGGCUUCUGGCAGCCGUACCUGUAUGAUAAGGGCAACGUCCGGGAGACAAAGUGGAAUAAGGAGACAUUUGACUACUUGCUGAGCAGCCUCAGCUCACCAGAGUGUGUGAAGAUGGGUGUAUUCCUUCAGUCCGGCUACAACCUCUGCACUGAACCUGCACCAGAUCCCUCGUUUAAAGAUGCCGUCCUCGGCUUCAGACAGCUCACAGAGCGAGAGCUGCAGAUGUUUCCUGGAUACUGUUUUGGCUGGUUCAACACUGCUCUCAUGGUGGAAGGUAAAACGUACCUGCCUUGGCUGAUGGACUGGUUGAAAGAAAGGGGUGUGAAAUUUUACCACAGGAAAGUAAAGUCCUUCAAAGAGCUGGCAGAAACUGGGGCAGAUGUGAUCAUAAACUGCAGUGGGUUGAGAUCAGGAGAGCUGCAGCCGGACCCGGACCUGAAACCAGGCCGCGGACAGAUAGUGAAGGUGGACGCUCCAUGGCUGAAACACUGGAUUAUUACUCAUGAUUUUAAAGAAGGAGUCUACAAUACACCGUAUAUCAUUCCAGGGAGUCGCCUUGUGACAGUUGGAGGGACUUUCCAGGUAGGAAACUGGAGUGAACAGAACAACUCCACUGACCAUAAGAAAAUCUGGGAUGCGGCUUGUCAGCUGGAGCCGAGCCUCAAGCAUGCCAGGAUAGUAGAGGACUGGUCCGGCCUCAGGCCUGUUCGCGGCAAAAUCCGACUGGAGAGGGAAACCAUAAAAUCUGGUGCUGCUCCAGUAGAGGUGAUACACAACUAUGGCCACGGGGGCUACGGGCUCACCAUCCACCGAGGCUGCGCCCAGGAGGCAGCCAGGCUCUUCGGUCAGGUCGUGGAACAAAAAGGCAAAGGUCCAAAAGCUCGUUUGUAAAAUUUGUGUCUGGCAGCGGUGAUGAUGCACUCCUAUUUCAAACCUCAGCAUCGGUGCACACGGUGUUCUUAUCUGUACUAACAUUUACACCAAACGUCAGCGUCGUAUUACCUGUGGGGUGACGGCACCACCCUAAAACAAUGCAUGUGUUGAUUUAGCAUCGAUAAUUUAAGGAUGGCACGUUAAUAUGCACAAA